AUGAUGGAUUCCGUAAAAAAAACAAUUGCAGUAACAAAGAAUGAUGAUGAGGAAGGUGAAUGUCCAUUCACUAUGGUUGCUUCGAAGUCUGAAGAUCUUAGCGAAGAUGACCAAUACGUGAUUUAUCGAGUCUAUCACACCAAAACAUUUAAAGAUGGUAGCCACUUCCACCGCCGAAUAAUUUACAUUUGUGACAGAAGAGGAGACAUUGUCAAUAAUGUGGCCCUUCUUCAAUGCAGGUUUGAAGAGGAGGAACGUGAUUUUGAUCUGAAGCCCCAUGGUAACUCCAAAGAUGGAUCAUGA